AUGAAGAUUUUUCUUUUAGGCGCGGUGCUCUGUGCGGCGCAGAGCGUCACCGCUGCCCUCGAUGCGUCGCUCCUUGAAACCUAUGUUGAUUCUCUUGAACUCAUUUCCUCGUUUAACCCCGUUGAGGCAGCGUACUGGACUGGUUACAAGCAUCAUCGUCGUACACCGUUUGCUGUCUCUCCCGAUGGCGAGUCUGCGUACCUUGCGUACCUCGACUCCAGCGAGACGGGUGUCCACGUUCAGCAGGUUGACCCCAACACUUUUGAGGCAGUGGGGACCACCGUUACGGUGUCUGGUGGUCAAGAAGCUGGCGGUCUUGUCGCCCAUAACGACGGCUUCGCCCUUCUUACCAACGAAGCCAUGCCUUCCGGCACUACCGACGCUCCCUCUGAUAACACCCCGGUUCCGGUCCUAUACCGCUACAAAAACGGCGAACAAACCUGGAAGACCUGGCUAGGCGGCCCUGAAGUCGAGUCCAGCCAGGGCUACCUUGCUUCCCCCGACCUCAACGGUGAUCUCGUUUACUCGUCCGAAGCUGGCCUGUACGGCGCCUACUUCGUUGUCACCGCUUACUCGGGCUCUGCGUCCGGCCACUACGGCGAUGCUAUCCAGUACGUUAAUGACAGCGGCGAGCUUCAGACCAUCUCUGGUGCAACCAGCACGUGGGGCUGCAGCCACAAUACGGGUAUUGCAUUCGAAGCAGCUUCUGAAGCUCCCUUUGCUAGUAUUUGCGCAGAGGAUCAGGGUGCAAUCUGGCUGAAUACGAAUGGCCAGGGUAUGACAACUGUCGGCGUGAAGAUCUCGAAUGAGAACACGACGAAUGGUGCCUCGGGAGAGCCCAUGGGUGGUAUGAGCGGCAGCUACAGCCAGCUCGUUAAGCUCGACACGACUUCGCGGUACAUCUUCGCCUGGCCUUCUCGCGGUGCUAUUGAUGUCACCGAGAACGAGUGGAUGGGUGAAGGCUACACGCAUGUUCUCCCUCGCAACCUAAACCGCAACGUCGCCAUUGCCAUCUUCUCCGACAAAAACACCCUUGUCGGCGAGGAGGCCACCUCUGUCAUUGGCACCGAAGACGCCGAUAGCCAGAUCAACUGGAUCACCACUGGCGACGCGGACCACACGAACGUCCACGCCGCUGCCUUCGGAUCUGAAAAUGCCCUGCUUACGUGGGAAGAGAUUUCCAGCCCCAUCUGCGACGAGUUCGUCGCCAUGGGAUGCCGCGGUACGUUCGCGGGCACUUACUUCCAGCAUGUUGACAAGACUGGUGCGACUGUGGGGUCUGCCAUCAAGUCUUCUGAUGUCUAUGUUGCCGGUGAUAUGGUCAAUAUUGGCAGCAAGAUCUGCUGGCCGUAUGUGAACAUGGAGUGGGAUCUGGAUGGGACUGUGAAUGAGUGGGAUACCUCUAGCACCACGACCACGGAAAAGAUCUCUUUUGCUUGUAUCUCUCUGUCCGGGUCUGGCUCCAGCUCUUCUGGCUCUUCGGCAUCCGCAAGUACCUCUGCGCCUGGCUCCGCGACCUCCUCUGCCAUCACGACUGCGUCCGCAACUGCUUCCUCCACAGGCUCUGUCUCCCUGUCCACCUCCGUGAGCGCGGAAACGCAGGCCGUCUCCCAGACCAACUCUGAGGUUGCUACCCAGCCCGCCUCUAAAACCCCCGAGACCACCGAGACCACCGCUGUGCCCACUUCCAUUGACGCCGUCAGCGCUACUGAGCUUCCUGUCUCCACCGCAACCGGCGAGAGCGCAACCGUCACGGCUCGACCCAACAGGAAGAAAGGCAAGUGCAGGGCUCACUACCGUCACUAG